AUGUCGUUGUGGGACUUCAUCGUCGUUGGCGGUGGCCUUGCCGGCUCGGUCAUUUCCAACCGUCUCCUUCACAAGGAUCCUACUCUGCGGAUCCUCCUGGUUGAAGCUGGCCCCAGCGUCAAUGGUCUCGAGGCCAUCGCCUACCCCAACACCAGUACUGGGGCCGGAAGUGAUCUCGAUUGGGGUUAUGCUUCUGUCCCACAGGUAAACCUCGACAACCGCUCAAUUGCCUCUCCGGCUGGAAAGGCUCUUGGAGGAGGAACAGCCAUCAAUGGACUUCCUUACAUGAAGUUGACCGAGAAGUUCUUCGACACCAGCAUCAACCUUUCUCAGCACGGCUCCAACGGCUCCAUGGUUAUCCAGGGCGUUACUCCCAUGAACCGUCAGUUCCCUAUGCGCGAAAAGCUGGCGGAGUCCUACGAAGCCCUCGGUGUCUCUGCUCUGCCGCAACUUGAUGCCAACGCGGGAAACCCUAUUGGGUACGGUGACCUGCAAGAGAACCGAGCAGAGGGCCGCAGACAACUCUCAUCAGAGGCCUUCCCUUUGGAUGGGGUCACCGUUCUGACGAACACCAUGGUUAAGCAAAUUCUCGUCGAAAAGCGUCUAAAUAGUAGCUCCGUUGUUGCAAAGGGCAUCCGCCUGCAGAACGGAACAGAGUACCUCGGCCACAAGACGAUCCUCACCGCGGGUGCCUACCGCACUCCUCAGCUGUUGAUGCUCUCCGGCGUCGGGCCCCGCCGAGAAUCUCAAGAAGCAUGGCAUCGAGCCUGGAAGGUCAAGAACGUCUCCGAGGGCUGGGCUUAUGAGUCGGAAAACCCCCUUUUCAAGGAGCCUCAGUACGGGCUAGGCAACAAGAUUGAUUUCCUCGCCACGACUACCCUGCCCAAAGAAGGUCUCGCCGCUGCCAUCGCGGAAGAUGAGGGCAUCGAGCCAGGCCCAGAUCAUCCCCUGCUCCGUCAGGACCGGGCACAUGUCUCUCACUCCCUGCAGUACAGCGGCGCUUCAACAGACGGCUCCGCUAUGCUGAUGCUGUCCAUCGUUCUUAUUGACACCUCGCGGGGUUCCGUGGGCAUCUCGUCGGCGAACAUUAGCGACUACCCUGUCAUUGGCCCCAACUACCUCAGCACGGCAGUCGACAGACACGCUGUGCGCGAAGCUCUUAAGUUUGACACCAGGCUCCUUGGAAGCGAUGUCACGCCAGUUGGUCGUGAUAUCCUCGAUGGCGAGUUGGCAGCUGAUGCGCCACUUACGGUGGACUCUGCUGACGAGGCAUUCGCUGCCCGGGCUCGGCAAGUGGCAGGUUCUUGCUUCCACCCGAGCGGGACUGCUGCCAUGGGCAAGGUCGUCAAUACUGACCUCAGUGUCAAGGAUGUCGACGGUCUCUUCGUUGCGGAUUCGUCCAUCUUCCCAAGGUCUAUUUCCGCCAACUUACAGGUUGCCAUGUACGCCUUGGCGCUCCAGGCAGCCGAUAUCAUUGGGGGUCACGAGAGCGAAUGUUGA